AUGGCAGGUUACGGAAACGUCCCAACGGACAGAAACGCCUCGUCGGCCGUCAUAGACCAGGGCUCCUACCUGGGCGACCGCGGCGCCGCCUUUUCCAAGCUUAGCGACACCGAGGUCGGCAUCAUCGUCGGCGUCUCGGUCUUCUUCACGGCCGUCAUCGCCACCAUCUUCACCUGGCAGUUUCGCAAAAAGAGGGCCAGGGCCAGGGCCUGCGCCGAGGCCAGUGACGCCGAGCUCAAGCAGGCCACGCAGACCGAGGAUGAACAGCCGUCCAGGGCACCGGAGAGGGCAGAGUUGAGGUACGACGGCGGCAGGCCCGAGCAGACUGUCGACGGGCUGCUGAGGAGCCUGAGGGAGGGGAAGCGUCCCGGCGCCGGCGACGUUUGA